UCUUUCUGAUACUCCUUUGCCUUAGUCCCACUCUCUCCAUUUUGUGAAAAAAUGAAGAACUUAGCAACAUGGAAAACCAUGGCAAUUACUGUUGUGUUGCUUCAGCUGAGCUUUUCCUUGGAGAUUUUCUGCCUCUCUUAUCAUGCAGAUAGAAUUGUUCGGCUUCCCGGGCAGCCCAACAUAGGCUUCCAACAGUUCUCAGGAUAUGUUACAGUGGAUGACAUGAAACACAAGGCUCUCUUUUACUAUUUUGUUGAAUCAGAAACUGAUCCAGCUUCAAAGCCUCUUGUUCUCUGGCUCAAUGGAGGACCAGGUUGUUCUUCUCUUGGAGUGGGUGCAUUCUCUGAAAAUGGACCUUUUAGACCAAAUGGAGAAGUUCUGAUUAAAAAUGAGUACAGUUGGAACAGAGAAACAAACAUGUUGUAUUUGGAGACACCAGUUGGAGUGGGGUUCUCUUAUGCUAAAGGUGGCUCCUCCUAUGACACUGUGAAUGAUGAGACAACAGUACUUUUGAUUUCUCAAGCCAGGGACAAUCUUGUAUUCUUGCAACGCUGGUUCAACAAGUUCCCUCAUUACAGACACACAGAUUUGUUUCUAGCAGGUGAAAGUUAUGCAGGGCAUUAUGUUCCACAACUUGCAAAGCUCAUGAUUGAAAUAAACAAAAAGGAGAAGAUGUUCAAUCUGAAAGGAAUAGCCUUGGGUAAUCCAGUUCUAGAAUAUGCCACUGAUUUUAACUCAAGGGCUGAGUUCUUUUGGUCUCAUGGAUUGAUAUCAGAUUCAACAUACAAAUUGUUCACUACAGGUUGUAAUUAUUCGCGGUAUGUCAGUGAAUACUAUAGAGACUCAAUUUCGCCACUUUGUUCAAAGGUUAUGAAGCAAGUAAGCAGAGAAACCAGUAAAUUUGUGGACAAAUAUGAUGUCACCCUUGAUGUUUGUAUUUCCUCAGUGCUUUCACAAUCCAAAGCUAUUUGUCCUCAAAGCCAACAAACAAAUGAGAGCAUAGAUGUAUGUGUAGAUGACAAAGUUACAAAUUACUUAAACCGAAAAGAUGUACAAGAGGCACUCCAUGCCAAGCUUGUUGGAGUUCAAAAGUGGAAUGUUUGCAGCACUAACAGCAUUCUGGACUAUGAUAUGCUCAACUUGGAGGUACCUACACUCCCUAUAGUUGGAUCACUCAUAAAAGCUGGAGUUCGGGUCUUAAUUUACAGUGGAGAUCAAGAUUCAGUAAUUCCACUGACUGGAAGCCGCACCUUGGUUCAAAAGCUUGCUAGACAACUAAGGCUGAAUACAACAAUCCAUUAUAGAGUAUGGUUUGAGGGCCAGCAGGUUGGUGGGUGGACUCAAGUUUAUGGCAAUAUCCUCUCAUUUGCAACAGUCAGAGGAGCCUCCCAUGAAGCUCCUUUCUCACAGCCUGAAAGAUCACUUGUUUUGUUCAAGUCAUUCUUGGAAGAUAGGCCCCUACCAGAAAUUUUCUGACACUACUUAGUUUUUUUUCUAAUUUAGUUGAGAGAUUGUAAGUAAGCCUAAAAUUUGUACUAUACAAUUAUUAAAGGAAUGUAUUAUCAGUGUAUAAUUUCAAAAGAAAAGUUGGUAAACGAAAUUUUUAGGAAGGGAGGGGGGAACUUGUGUUGGGUCCAUGAGCGGCAGUUAAUUAAUAAUAAUAAAGCAAUGUGAGUUUAAAGACACAAGCAUUAUGUGGUUUCGUUAAUCACAUGCCAAUUAACUUUCAUGAUGGACCCAAAAGAGGGGGCCCUCCCAUUUGUACCUCUUUUUUUGUGUGCUUGUUUGUUCAUUGGGCUGUCAAAUCUCAAAUGUAAUGGAUCAUUUGGCUUA